AGCAUCAUGAAGACAUUACUGUGUUACCACGUUUAUAUGAUUUAUGUUUGGUCCAUACUGGUUGGUAACUUACCAAUGAAAGUAUCGACACAGACGUCACCGCUUUGCGGUCCUGACUGGAUUUACUCCAGUAAUUUCUGUUACCAAGUUGUAAGGGAAAAUAAGAAGUGGGAAGAAGCUAGAACUCACUGUCUGCAGAAGAAUGCUGAUCUUUUAUUUUUCUCUAAUAUGGAUGAACUAAACACUUUAAAAGAUGUAUUAACUCAACUAUACUAUACUACUGGCAUUGGUCCAUAUUUCUGGAUAGGAGCUAAUGACAAGAUGAACGAAGGUACUUUUGUCAGGGCUGAUAACUCACCAUUAAGUGUUACUAAUUGGGGCCCGGGAGAACCGAAUAAUGCAGGAGGAGUUGAAGACUGUGUUGAACUGUAUAUGCCGCAGUAUUUAUGGAAUGAUAAAGGAUGCGGCAACGGACGGUACCCUAUCUGCAAGAAACUUAUCAACGAAUGCUCAAACGAUCCAUGCAAGAAUGGUGGUACCUGUAAAGAUCUAGUUAAUGCAUAUGAAUGUGAAUGUGUUGCUGGAUACGAAGGCAAAAACUGCGAUAAUGAUAUAGAUGAAUGUUCCUCUGACCCAUGCAAGAACGGUGGCACCUGUAAGAAUCUUGUCAAUGGAUAUGAAUGUACAUGUAUUGCCGGAUAUGACGGAACAACAUGUGAUAAUAAUAAAAAUGACUGUGAAAACAGCCCUUGUCAAAAUGGCGGAAGUUGUACAGAUUUAGUAAAUAGUUAUAAAUGUACUUGCGUGAAUGGAUAUGAAGGAACCAAUUGCCAAACAGAUAUCAACGAAUGCUCAACCGAUCCAUGCAAGAAUGGUGGUAUCUGUAAGGAUCUAGUUAAUGCAUAUGAAUGUGAAUGUGUUGCUGGAUACGACGGCAAAAACUGCGAUAAUGAUAUCAACGAAUGCUCAACCGAUCCAUGCAAGAAUGGUGGUACCUGUAAAGAUCUAGUUAAUGCAUAUGAAUGUGAAUGUGUUGCUGGAUACGACGGCAAAAACUGCGAUAAUGAUAUAAACGAAUGCUCAACCGAUCCAUGCAAGAAUGGUGGUACCUGUAAGGAUCUAGUUAAUGCAUAUGAAUGUGAAUGUGUUGCUGGAUACGACGGCAAAAACUGUGAUAAUGAUAUCAACGAAUGCUCAACCGAUCCAUGCAAGAAUGGUGGUACCUGUAAAGAUCUAGUUAAUGCAUAUGAAUGUGAAUGUGUUGCUGGAUACGACGGCAAAAACUGUGAUAAUGAUAUCAACGAAUGCUCAACCGAUCCAUGCAAGAAUGGUGGUACCUGUAAAGAUCUAGUUAAUGCAUAUGAAUGUGAAUGUGUUGCUGGAUACGACGGCAAAAACUGUGAUAAUGAUAUCAACGAAUGCUCAAACGAUCCAUGCAAGAAUGGUGGUACCUGUAAAGAUCUAGUUAAUGCAUAUGAAUGUGAAUGUGUUGCUGGAUACGACGGCAAAAACUGCGAUAAUGAUAUCAACGAAUGCUUAACCGAUCCAUGCAAGAAUGGUGGUACAUGUAAAGAUCUAGUUAAUGCAUAUGAAUGUGAAUGUGUUGCUGGAUACGACGGCAAAAACUGUGAUAAUGAUAUCAACGAAUGCUCAACCGAUCCAUGCAAGAAUGGUGGUACCUGUAAAGAUCUAGUAAAUGCAUAUAAAUGUGAAUGUGUUGCUGGAUACGACGGCAAAAACUGUGAUAAUGAUAAAGAUGAAUGUUCUUCUGACCCAUGCAAGAACGGUGGCACCUGUAAGAAUCUUGUCAAUGAAUAUGAAUGUACAUGUGUUGCCGGAUAUGACGGAACAACAUGUGAUAAUAAUAUCGACGAAUGUUCAAACGACCCAUGCAAAAAUGGAGGUACAUGUACGGAUCUUGUUAAUGGAUAUGAAUGUGAAUGUAUGCCGGGAUACGACACAGAUGAGUGUCAUAAUGAUAUUAAUGAAUGUUCUUCAAACCCAUGCAAGAACGGCGGUACCUGUAAGGAUCUUGUAAACAAAUACGAAUGUACAUGUGCUGCUGGAUACAAUGGAACAAAUUGUGACAAUA